AUGACAGACGGCGUAUGUAGCCACGUGAAGGUGGUUGUUCGGGUGAGACCAGCCAACGAGAGUGAGAGACAUGAAAACUGUCGAAAUGUCGUCCAGGUGGUUGAUAACCACAUGCUCAUAUUUGACCCUAACGAAGAAGACUUGUCAUGUUUUGGGUCACAAAAACUGUGCAGUAGAAACAUCCACAAGAAGGCUAACAAAGACCUAAAAUUUGUUUUUGACCAUGUCUUUGAUGAAAACUCUACACAAGUUGAUGUUUUUGAAAACACAACGAAAGGAGUGUUGGAUGGCGUGAUGAACGGGUUCAACUGCACAGUGUUUGCUUAUGGCGCUACUGGAGCGGGUAAGACCCAUACCAUGUUGGGCUCACAAGAUAACCCGGGGGUCAUGUAUCGCACAAUGAAAGAUCUAUUCAAGCGCAUGGAUGAUGCCAAGGAGGAAAAAGAGUUUGCAGUUACAUUCUCAUAUCUCGAGGUUUAUAAUGAACAGAUCAGAGACUUGUUGGCUAAUGCCGGACCUCUUGCUGUUAGAGAGGACAGCUCUAAGGGAGUGGUUGUUCAGGGUCUCUCACUGCACAAGCCCAAAUCUGCAGAGCACAUUCUCGAGGCUUUGGAUUUUGGCAAUCGGAAUAGGACGCAACACCCCACUGAUAUGAAUGCUACAUCUUCACGAUCACAUGCUGUUUUCCAGAUUUAUUUAAGACAGCAAGACAAAACUGCCAGCCUCAAUCCUAAUGUCUGUAUUGCCAAAAUGAGUCUCAUUGACCUCGCUGGUUCAGAGAGAGCCAGUGCCACCAACGCCAAAGGAGCUAGACUUCGAGAAGGUGCUAAUAUCAAUCGCUCCCUUCUUGCCCUGGGAAAUAUUAUCAACGCUCUUGCUGACCCAAAAAGCAAGAAGUCCCAUAUACCAUACAGAGACAGCAAGCUGACGAGGAUACUGAAGGACUCCCUAGGGGGCAACUGCAGAACAGUUAUGAUUGCAAAUGUUGGCCCUUCAUCCAAAUCAUACGAUGACACCCACAACACACUUAAAUAUGCCAACAGGGCCAAGGAGAUCAAAUCCUCGCUCAAAAGUAAUGUUGUAAGUCUCGACAGCCAUAUCGGUCAAUAUGCUGUCAUAUGCAAGAGACAACAGCAAGAGAUUUUACAGUUAAAGCAGAAACUGAAAGAAUAUGAGGCGAAGAACAAUACUCCUGGGGUUUUCAACUCAGUCUUGUCCCCAAAACAAGCAGAGUUCAAAAGAGUGUCAGAAGACCUGCAGGGCAUCUUCUCAAGCCGUGCCCAAAUCAGACGAGAACAGCUGGAUCUGGAGAGGCAACUGAAGGCAAAUGAGCUGCGCCAGCGCUACAGUGAGGAGGACUACCUGCAGGUCCAAUAUUUCUGUGCCAAAGAGAAGACGGACAAGGCCACUUGCAAACACGAGCGGAAGAUCGCCAGCCUGCGCACUCAGCAGCAGCACAUCUUCAAACGUUUGAAGGAUACAAAUACCCGUUUCCUGGAAAAUGAUGGUUUGCUUCAUCGUGUUGAAAAUGAGAUUAAGUUGCUCAAGUCGAAUGAUCAGAGCGCACAGGUGCUAGAGAAAGACUUGUAUUGCCACAGACUGGAGCUGCAGGUAAAUGAUCUCAACCAGCACAUCAAGCAGAUGGUUGAGCUCACUACGCUGCAGGAUCAGGAGAACAAGCGUAUGCAGAAAAUGGUGAACAUCUUGCUGCCAGCUUACAGUCGGCACUUCUCCUCGCUGCACGAGGCAGCGGUGACCACAGCGGCGGACGAGAUGGAGUAUCAGGAACUGGAGCACGUUGUGUUGAGGGAGAGAGGCGUGGUCUGGGCUGACCAGGAAGAGGCAGGGCAGCAGCUGAAAGAUGAAGAGUUCAGUGUGGAUGCGCAGGAAACAAACAAGGAAGGAAAAGUUGGGCUCCACGGCGAGCUGGCACCUGUCUUACGUUUCUCAUAUCUGCAGUACCAUCAGAGCAGCCCCUGCAGUGCAGAGAGGCCAACCAAAAAAACAUUCAUGUACAAUGCUGCUCCAUCACCUAAAGAUGGAGGAACGCAACCAGAUAAACCUCCCCGAAUGCCAAUCAGAAGAAAUUUGUCUGUUUUACUCCCGUCACCGAGCUUGCAAGUUAUGACCACGUCCCAAGUGUUUGAGGACCCACUUCCACUCCAGUAUACACCAGAACCUGUUCAAAAAACAACUCCUCCACUUACCUCUUCCAGCAACGUGGAUCUAAAUAUGACCUUUGAAGUUAAUGAGAAUGAUGAUCAAACUGCAAGAAAUGCAACCAUCACAAUACGCCAUGGCAGUCUGUCUCAAGCAUCAAAGUUCCCAGGCCUCAGUCAAAAAAAAAAUACUCCCGAAGCAACCAGGGGUAACCGGUUUCAUUUCAAAAGACAACAUGUGGCGCCUUUGCCAGAUGUGCGACAAACCAACCCAUCCUACAUGGACAUGACGUCAGCCGUGCAAGGGAAGCGUAAAUUUAACCGCAGCAUCAGAGAAGAUACGAGUCAGGAUUUCUCCGCGCCGAAGCGUAUAAAGAAAGACGCGUCGGUGGUUCAGAGGCCACUCAGGGUGCAGCGCUUCACCGGUUCUGAGAACAAGCGUCGCACAAUCGUGAGGAGCGUUUCUGAAGGGACCCUCGGCCUCGGCGCUCAAAAAUCCAAGUCCUUUCUCCGCAAAACAUCUCAGCAGAUGAGACGAGUGGCCAAACGAACGUGA